UCCAGCAAGUGAGCCCCCAAAGUUGACAUUGUCUGUAGUAGCAAUGGGGUCGUGGCAGGCACGUCCGGACCACCAGCGUCACUAUGAAGAAUUGGCCCAAAAAACGGGAUUUUCCACAGAACAGAUCAAAAAUCUCCACAAAAGAUUUCAACAACUCAGCGGAAAUCAGGAGACUAUAAGCAGAGAAAAUCUGGAGAACAUUCCCGCACUGGCCAACAAUCCCAUCAAGAAGCAAAUAAUUGAUGCCUUCUUUGACAAAAGGAAUCAACAGGACGGUGAGUCGGGCUGCCUGGAGGAGAUCACCUUGGGACACUUCCUGAUGGUCAUGAGUCAUUUUCGUCCCCCCCAGCACAAAAGCAGCGAAGACGAACGCCAUGCCAUCAGGAGGCAGAAGUUACGCUUUUUGUUCAACAUGCACGACACCGACAGCGAUGGCACCAUCACGCUAGCCGAGUACAGGAAGGUUGUGGAGGAGCUGCUAUCCAAAAGCGGUGCCAUUGGGCAUGAGGCAGCCAAGAUCAUCGCCGACGCAGCCAUGUUGGAAGUGGCCAGCACCAACGUACCACACAUGGCACCGGAUGAAUUCUACGAGGGGAUUACCUUCGAGCAUUUUGAGCAGAUUCUGAAUGGACUGGAGAUGGAGUCACGCAUGCACAUCCGCUUUCUGGACGUGGCCACCACCACCAUGCGCUGUGGAAAAGGCAGCUCCUCAUCAACUUAUUAAUGCUUAAUUAGCUAUGUGCAGAUUCACUGAACCAGAAAAUCUGGUAUCUGGGCUCAAACUGUCAACAUAGCAAAAAACUGAAAAACUUGUGUGCGUAUGGGGCGGAGGUCAUGCUGUAUGAUCAUACUGUCAACACGUUGGUUUAUAAAGGGACAUGAUCAUUUUUUUUCUUCGUUUCUUCAAGUUAACUCAUUGGCUACCAUUGAUGGCAAUGGAUGUCCAAUCCUGUUGAACUGGGAGGAAUGGCAGCAGAUGAACUUUCCCUCCCUGUUCAAAUGGUUUGGAUGUUUACUAGUGAGAAACACAUUUAAAUUCACAGUGGAAGGAUGAAAAGAGCCAUGUGAUUAGACCUCUUUCAUUGUCAAUGGCACAGAAAGAGUAAGUUACAUUUAAUAACGUAAAUGCUCUUUUAAAUCUAUUUUGUUGUUUGGGGAAAAAAUAAUAAUCAGGCUAACUGAGUUCGUGCACCCUGUACCCACAUUUGUCUUGCUUUUGUAUAACAGUGUGUUAAUCUAUUGUUAACUAUACUCACAUACUCUUUAAAUCAUAUAUUUUUAUUUCGUCACUAUCACCAUACAACCUGUUCUGUACAUCCUUUGAGUGUAAAUUGGUGGGGAUUUUAAAACAAUUUUAAAAAGCACUCAUUCGGGAUGAGUGUGGAAUUGUUUAGACAGGUUCCACUGUCAUUAGCGAUUGAGCAUCGAGCAUCGAUGGGAUCCGGGACUAACACUCUAGUUCUCCCGAAACCAUUAGAAUUUUUUAUUUCGAUUCCAAGUUUCGAUGCCCUGACCGCCAAACACCACGAAGAAGAAGCCACGUGAAGACUAGCUCCGUUAUGAGCAAAUCAUAUUAAGUGGCUAAUUUAGCUUAGCACAAAAACGUGUUGCUUCGAUUCACGUAAAUGACAACAUUGUAACAGAAUAAACACAUCGCUGCCGCCCAACUCCCUCUGCACCCGACCCCUUUGGCCCAUCCCACAGGUGGUGAGACCAUGAGAAGGGGAAUCCACGGUGCCUUUUCGGGCUGUCCCUGCCAGACGCUCGCCUUCGAGCACCACCUCCAGGCCUGGCUCCAGAGGGUGGCCCCGGUAACCUGCGUCCGGGAAAGGGAAACAUGAGUCCAUUUAUUUUAUUCAUCAUAAGGGGCCAUUUUGAGCCAUGCUUUGUCUGGUCCCUCACCUAGGACCUGUUUGCCAUGGGUGACCAUGCCAGGGGCUUAAAGCCCCAGACAACAUACCUCCUAGGAUCACUGGGACAUGCAAAUCCCUCACCACCAUGAUAAGGUGAUGACUCACGUCUGGCAGAAUCCCCCGUCAGAAAGUGCUUCAACACCCUGGUCCCGGGGGAGGUGGGGGACAUUAAGUCCGAGUGGGCCAUGUUUCGCUCCUCCAUUGUUGAGGCGGCCGAUCGGAGCUGUGACCGUAAGGUGGUUGGUGCCUGUCGUGGCGGCAAUCCCCGAACCCGCUGGUGGACACCAAAGGGAAGGAAUGCCGUCAAGCUGAAGAAGGAGGCCUACCAGGCCUUUUUGGCCUGUGGGACUCCGGACGCAGCUGAUUGGGAUUGGUUGGGGUGAAGAUCAGUACCUCCAAAUCCAAGACCAUGGUCUUCAGUCGUAAAAGGGUGGCGUGCCCUCUCCAGGUCGGGGAUGAGAUCCUGCCCCAAAUGGAGGAGGUCAAGUAUCUUGGGGUCUUGUUCACUAGUGAGGGUAGGAGGGAUCGGGAGAUCGAUAGGCGGAUCGGUGCAGCGUAUGCAGUGAUGUAAACCCUGCACCAGUCCAUAAUGGCGAAGAAGGAGCUGAGCCGAAAGGCGUAGCUCUCGAUUUACGAUUCAAUCUACGUUCACAUGACUGAAAGGACAAAAGUUUCCGCCGCAGGGUGUCCGGACUCCCCCUUGCUUCGAGUGGGCGGGCAUAUUUUUUUCCGGGCUGAGCAAGCUUAGCGGGGUCAAAGUGCAUCAUUCUCUUUCGCCCUGUAAAUCUGCACUGCCCCCUAGGGCCUGGCAUGAAUACUACAUCGUUUUCAUGUGGAACUGCAACAUUGUUUAAAUUGAGACGCAAAUGCAAAUGCAAAUUUGAAAUUUUUCGUAUUUUCGGAGAGUCACCAUGUAAACGGCCCCUUACAAUGUGAAUUCUGGGCUCUAACUGUGAUGCCAUUUUAAGAAGUCGCCAUUAUUAUGUUUGUUUUAAUUGAGCAAAAAGUUUGAGACUUGUAUAGCACUGCCAUUAAGUAACUAGGAGGGGGUCUUUUGUAACUGAUUGUCAUUUUAAGAAGUCAACAUUAGAUUUGUUUUACAUUGAGCAAAAAGUUUGAGACUUGCCUAGCAUAUACAUUAAAUAACUGGUUAGUACAACAUAUACAAAAAUGAGGCAUUGACAAACAACAUAGUAUUUAGUUUGUUUAAUUAUAGUUCCAAAAACCUAUUUAAUCAUGUUAUUCAGGAAAAAAAUUGGCAAAAUAGACAAGCCUAGAUAAUUUUGUUUGGACGAUUAUGUAAAUAUGAUAAGGAUGAAACAGUUCAAACAUGGUUUAUGUGUGUGUGCUUGUUUUUCUGAACGGAAACAUCCUUGACUGACAGCUACAACUUCUGUGCGGCGGUCAUCUGUCAAAAUAUUGUAGUUGUAUUUUUUUUUAACAGGAGUAGGCAACAGAACGAAGAUUGACGUCUCUCAGGACUCCGCUGCUCUUGGCACUAGUGUGUGUUCAGGACUGAUAGGCAUCCAUACAUUCACAGGUUGUGACUCUGCUAGUGCCUUUGAUGGCAAAGGCAAAAAAAACAUUUUCUGUUGCAUGUCAUAAAAAAAUAAUACCUGACUGGGUUUGCAAAGCUGGGCAGCAGUUUUAAACUUGACCUACAAACAUUGAACACGUUGUGUAAAUACGUGUGCCACCUGUAUGGCCAGUCAUCUGCCAAAAAUUUAAAUGCCAGAUACAGAUCUUUCUGUGUGGCCUCGUCAGCCUUGCCAUAACACAAUUCCCCCAACAACUGAUGCUCUGUACCAACAUUGCAGGAGAGCAAACUAUCAAAUGUGACACGGGAAGAUAUUCUUGUCUGUCUGCAAAACUUUCUUGUACUGAUUUAUGUCGGUGCCAAGCAUGCGAGAAUGUUUUCAAAGAAACAGAAGACACUCAGAUGGGAUGAUGACUUUGAUGAAAGUGAUUUUGAGGAGUAAUGUUGUCAGGUACGGUUUUACUAUUUUUUAUUUCUAAUUUUUUUUUACUUUGUGUCUCAAUAUUUGUAUGUGUAAUAAUGUGUAUUUUCAUAUUAUUAGACA